GACAGGCCUGCCAUCGGCUCCCCGCGCGCAAGUCCGCGGGGAGGGCCGGCCUGCCGGAAGGCCCACCCCGGGGCGUUCCUGCAGGGCGCCUCGGGCCGCCCCAGCGCGCCCCCCCUCCCCCGCCAGCGCCCCCCAGAUGUACUAUGCGGUUUCCCAGGCUCGCGUGAACGCGGCCCCCGCGACCAUGCUGCGGCCCCAGCGGCCCGGAGACGCGCAGCUCGGGCCGUCUCUGUACGAGCUGGUGGGCUACCGCCCAUCGUCGUCCUCCUCGACCUCCGCCGCCUCCUCCACGACGGCCCCGAUCUUCCCCAAGGCGGCUCGCGAGACGUCUGAGGCGGCCGCCGAGUCGCCGGGCGCGGGUGGCGGCCCCCGCGCCGACGCCAAGGACGCGCAACAGCAGCAGCUGCGGCGCAAAAUCAACAGCCGCGAGCGCAAGCGCAUGCAGGACCUCAACCUGGCCAUGGACGCGCUGCGCGAGGUCAUCCUGCCCUACUCGGCCGCGCACUGCCAGGGCGCGCCGGGCCGCAAGCUCUCCAAGAUCGCCACGCUGCUGCUGGCCCGCAACUACAUCCUGCUGCUGGGCAGCUCGCUGCAGGAGCUGCGCCGCGCGCUGGGCGAGGGCGCGGGGCCCGCCGCGCCGCGCCUGCUGCUGGCCGGCCUGCCCCUGCUCGCCGCCGCGCCGGGCUCCGUGCUGCUGGCGCCCGGCGCCGUGGGGCCGCCCGACGCGCUGCGCCCCGCCAAGUACGUGUCGCUGGCGCUCGACGAGCCUCCGUGCGGCCAGUUCGCGCUCCCCGGCGGCGGCGGCGGCGGCGGCGCUGCGGGCGGCGGCGCGGGCGGCCCGGGCCUCUGCACUUGUGCGGUCUGCAAGUUCCCGCACCUCGUCCCCACCGGCCUGGGCCUGGCGGCCGUGCCCGCGCCCUUCUCCAAGUGAGCACCAAGGGAGCACCACUCCUGGGCACGGCGGCCGCUCAGCGCGCAGCAGCUCCGCAUCCUGGGCCACUCGGGAGAGGUGUGUGUGUGUGUGUGUGUGUGUGUGUGUGUGUGUGUGUGUGUGUGUGUGUGUGUGUGUGUGUGUGUGUAAUGGGGGGGAGUGGGGAACCCCCACCAGAAGCGCAUUUGGAACCUUCUCUCCCCAAAGAAGGGACAGUCUGGCACCGCUUUCCCCGACGCCACCCCGGUGAGACGAGCUGAGCGCCGUUUGGGGGUUCCUGGGUAGAUUCCAGCUGCGCCAGGCAGCAAGGGCGCGCUCGCACCCCCACACCCCACACUCACCCGGCGCGAGGGUCUCCUGGCUCCCGGACGGUUUCCCCUCCCCAGGGGAGAGUGGAUUUUACCCCUCCCGCGUGCAGCGCGCUCCAGGAGCCGUCGGGGCGCAGAGGGCUGGGCCCGGGGAUACUGAAUGGUCUGGUGCUCGGCUCAGGCGCACGUUGUCCGGGGCGGACAGACAGACUCGAGGACAGUCCCAGCCAGGGCCCCGGGCGGGCCGGCUCGGCCGCGGGCUGGAGAGCAAAGUUUGGAGCGUGGAAGCUGUUGGCUGAUUUCAGGGACGAUGAACUCGGAAGCGCUGAGAUCGACGGUGUCGAGACCCCGAGAGUUCCAGUUUGGUCGCACCUCCCGCCUCCGCCCCUUCCCCAGCGAGGUAGCGUCGCCCACGUCUGAGCUUGCUUCAACGCAAACGCCCGCCCCCCGCGCGCGCCCGCACUGUUUCCGCAGAUCCGCUCCCGGAUUCCGAAGACUGGGACCCGAAGCUUUCCGGAAUUGCAAAGGGACGAGGAGUGAAAACGCCGGAGGAGGAUAGGGGGGGGCCCCCACCGAGUCCUGGGUCCGGGGCGCUGCGGGCAUGUCUCCAGGACGCGCGCGCCGGGUGGCCGCGCGAGCCGCCUCCGCACCCAGGAGGGUCUCAGAGCUUGCAGCUACUUGCUUUGAUGUGUCCUUUGCAAGUUUUUCGGUUCUUGACCUUAGCCGAAACUUAACUGGCAGGUGAUCCGUGUCUCUAACUAUUUUUCUCUUUGCGCUCUGGCGGCGCGCCCGCGGAAUAAAAUACGUAGAGACCUGA